UAUAGUUAGCAGUCCCGCCUCCCUCUGAGGGAGCCUAUAUAACCCCAGGGGAAUUCACAGCCAAGUGUCUAGGCUGUUUGCCCUUCUGGCCCCUGGGACAUCCCCAUCGCAUCCACAGCUGCUGUUCACCCAUUUACCUGCCCACUGAGAGAACAUGGCACCCAAGAAGGCAAAGAGAAGGGCAGCAGAAGGAAGCUCCAAUGUCUUCUCCAUGUUUGACCAAACGCAGAUCCAGGAGUUUAAAGAGGCCUUCACUGUUAUUGACCAGAACAGAGAUGGCAUCAUUGACAAGGAGGACCUGCGAGAUACAUUUGCUGCUAUGGGUCGCCUGAAUGUGAAGAAUGAGGAAUUAGAUGCCAUGAUCAAGGAGGCCAGUGGCCCCAUCAACUUCACUGUCUUCCUCACCAUGUUUGGGGAGAAGCUGAAGGGUGCUGAUCCCGAGGACGUCAUCAUUGGUGCCUUCAAAGUUUUGGACCCUGAGGGCAAGGGGAAUGUCAAGAAGAAAUUCUUGGAAGAACUCUUGACUACCCAGUGUGACCGGUUCACUCCAGAAGAGAUCAAGAACAUGUGGCACGCUUUCCCUCCAGAUGUAGCUGGCAAUGUUGACUACAAGAACAUCUGCUAUGUCAUCACACACGGAGAAGACAAGGAAGGGGAAUAAAACCUCUUUUUUUUUUUUCACCCUUGCUUCGUGGGGAAAUCCACCUAGACACUCCCAGGCUGGGGAAUUUCAUUUAUGCUGGUCCCUGAUGAUCCAUAUUUUGUAACCAAACAACAAACAUCUCAAUCUGUUAUUUAUUAUCUUAUGGGGAGAAAAAUUAUGCCCCCCAAAACCGAUCUUAUUCACUACAACUAGAUUUAACCUAACUGGGACUUCACACCGUCAUAUGUCUUAAUAAAAAUGAGGACAGCUCUA